AUGUUGUUUGUGACAUUGCUGAAGAAUCACAAUAAAAACAGUACAGACAGGAAUAACUGUUUCCAAAGAUUUUAUUAUACACCAUCAGAAUGUUUACACACACAAAAUUUCUUUCUAGGGAAAUUAUUCAAAGCUUUCAUAGCUGCGAUCCUCAUUGUAUUCCUGCUCACAGUUUACGGAGCCAACUAUGAGCUUCAUCGUGAUUUUCUAAGCUUGAUAAAGCCAAUUUACAAUACAGAAUAUGAAAAUAGCAGUACCGCUGAAUACCUGGAUUCUGGCAAACAGGCAACAAAACAACUAAAGCUUAUUCCCAACAAUAGCAGUGAUAUUUCGGAAGCGUAUCGGAAAAAAUGGAUAGGUUUUCCAGAAAUGUAUGGAAGAGACUGUCCAACAGCGUUGAAAACAAAAGUCAAUACCAUUAUAUUUCCUUCCGAAGUGAAGCGGACUCACCCAAUAGAUAUCAUCGCCGAUGCCUCGGACUGUAAAUCUUUCAUCGAGAAGUAUGGCUACAACAGGUAUCUGGCAGCCUCGCAGGAAGAGCUGGACUUCCCCAUUGCUUUCAUUAUUCUCUUUUACUCGGAUCUUGAUCAGGCGCUCUAUUUGCUACGUUCACUGUACCAUCAGCACAAUGUUUACUGCCUGAGCGUGGACACCAGUGUCAGCGUAGACUUUCUGCGGGCUGUAAAGUUAGUUGCCAAAUGCCUCCCCAACGUGUUCGUGGCCAGCAAGCUGGAGCAUGUCGUCUAUGCUGGAUUCUCCAGAUUACAGUCGGAUAUCAAUUGUAUGAAAGAUCUACUGAAGCAUCCUGUGCAAUGGAAAUACGCUAUCAAUAUGGCGGGCCAGGAGUUUCCUCUGAGAACAAACCUUGAAAUGGUGAAGAUCCUAAAGAUAUACAACGGUGCUAAUGAUAUACUGGGAUUCACUGGGGAGCGUACAUUCGCUCAUUGGCAUGGGGUCAAAGCCGAAUAUUAUACGGACACAAAAACAGGUAAAAAAGGCAUAUAUCGCACUGGAAAGAAACACCCACCCCCUCCACACAACAUAACUGUGUCGAAAGGAAGCGCCUACGGGACAUUCUCCAGAGCGUUUGUCCAGUUUGUGAUCCACGAUCCAGUAGCCAAAGAUCUGCUACAGUGGGCAAAAGAAAUCUAUAGCCCAGACGAGUUCUACUGGGCCACAUUACAGCACAGCUCUGUGGUUGCCGUUCCUGGUGGUUACACAGGAAAACCGGACCUGAAGCCUUGGUUGACAAAGUAUGUGUCCUGGUCAACGGACAACGAACCAUGUGCAACAAUCCACACGCGCCUAAUUUGCAUCUUCAGAUACGAACUGUUUGCCAAUAAGUUUUACAUAACACACCAACCUGCUGCUCUCCAUUGCUUGGACGAGUUCUUGUUCAACCUCACCUUCACCAGAUCUACGCGCAACCUGACCUACUACAAUAGUCUUCCUUUUAUUUUAAAAGGAAAUUAA